CACAGACCGCGCCCGCCCUCCCCUUCUCCUUCUUUUUCUACCGCCUCUCGCCAUCUCUUCUUCCUUCUCUUCUCCAUCUCCUCUAUCACGCUUUUAACGAGUCACCUAACGCAUCCCUAUUCCUCUUCAUCUAUUCUCAGAAAUCCAUCAUGAGAGAAGUUAUCUCCCUUAACGUCGGUCAGGCCGGUGUUCAGAUUGCCAAUUCGUGCUGGGAGUUGUACUGCCUUGAGCAUGGUAUUCAGCCUGAUGGAUACCUCACCGAGGAACGUCAAAAAGGACCCCAAGACACUGGGUUCAGCACCUUCUUCUCCGAGACUGGCCAGGGAAAAUAUGUUCCACGCACAAUCUACGUUGAUCUGGAGCCUAAUGUCGUUGAUGAAGUAAGGACGGGUACCUAUCGAAGUCUUUUCCACCCCGAGCAGAUGAUCACUGGAAAGGAAGAUGCUUCCAACAACUAUGCCCGUGGUCACUACACUGUUGGAAAAGAGUUAAUUGAUCAAGUGCUGGAUAAGAUUCGUCGUGUUGCUGAUAACUGCUCGGGACUACAAGGGUUCCUUGUCUUCCACUCCUUCGGCGGUGGUACUGGGUCUGGUUUCGGAGCCUUGCUAAUGGAACGUCUGUCCGUCGAUUAUGGCAAGAAGUGCAAACUUGAAUUUUCCGUUUACCCAGCUCCUCAAGUAUCCACUUCAGUCGUUGAGCCUUAUAACUCUAUCUUGACAACUCAUACUACCCUUGAGCACUCCGAUUGUUCAUUUAUGGUUGAUAACGAAGCUAUUUACGACAUUUGUCGUAGAAACUUGGAUAUCGAGCGACCCAACUACGAGAAUUUGAAUAGGUUGAUUGCACAAGUUGUCUCUAGCAUCACUGCCUCUCUCCGUUUCGAUGGUUCCCUCAAUGUCGAUUUGAACGAGUUCCAGACCAAUCUUGUUCCUUACCCUCGUAUCCACUUCCCUCUGGUCUCGUAUGCUCCUGUCAUCUCAGCGGCCAGAGCCUCGCAUGAGGCCAAUUCUGUCCAGGAGAUUUCCAACUCUUGCUUUGAACCUCACAAUCAGAUGGUCAAAUGUGAUCCUCGUAACGGAAAGUACAUGGCUACUUGCCUGCUCUACCGUGGCGAUGUUGUGCCCAAGGAGGUUCAUGCUGCUGUUGCCAGCAUCAAGACUAAGAGGACCAUACAAUUUGUUGAUUGGUGCCCAACUGGCUUCAAAAUUGGUAUUUGCUAUCAGCCACCUCAGUUGGUUCCUAACGGCGACUUGGCAAAGGUCAAUAGGGCUGUUUGCAUGUUGUCCAACACCACUGCCAUUGCUGAGGCCUGGAGUGCUUUGAGCAACAAAUUUGACCUCAUGUAUAGUAAGCGUGCCUUCGUUCAUUGGUACGUUGGUGAGGGUAUGGAGGAGGGCGAAUUUUCUGAGGCCAGAGAAGACUUGGCUGCACUUGAGAGGGAUUACGAGGAAGUUGCCACAGACUCUCUUGGUGAGGAUGCUGAGGAGCCCGAGUACUAAUCGACUCAAAUUCAUUGCGAGGGAAGGGAAACUAGCUAGAGAAAAGGGCAUGCGUUUAAACUUGGGUAGAGCAUUAAUAUAUCCGGGUGAUGGUGGGGGGUUUCGUGCUGUUGCCGUUUGUUGCAGCAUGGAAAUUGUUUUGCAUUCCUCUAUCUACUCUGGAUUGUUGAUUGAAUUUUCCAGUCUAAAACCGUGCUUCCUUUUGAUCAUUCUGUUUUUUAAGCCUACAUUCUUGUGCGUUCUUAUGAUUGUCUCUCUGCCUUGGGAAAAAAAUUGUGUGAAGUUUUCUUUUUGAGGUGCGGGGAUAUGUAUGACAUGUACUAUGUUAGUACCUUCUUUACAGUCUUUAAUUUGACGUAUUUUUUUCCACCG